AUGUAUGCCAAACAGUUAAAGGGUGGAUCUAAAAAAGUUUCAGAGUGGUAUAAAAUCGGUAGCCCAAAUAAAUUUGAGAAGGCAGAAAUAGCACCCAAACUAACACCUCAAGAAAUAAUUACACCUGAGAAACCCAAACCAGAUCCCAUCGAAGUAAAGAGGAAGAAAAAAACAACUGAGAUUGAGAAUAUCGCAUAUCGAGUAAUGAGAUCCGAGCUAAGUAAACUGGUUAUAGAGGAGUAG